AUGGAAACUACACUGGAACUUGAUUCUACAGUAACCCCGGUUUUCUGCUCAAUCCCGUCAUGCCAUUCUCUUCUUCCACCCGACUCGACAGCAUUUCACUUGCCUUCUACCGGAAUGUUGGUGUGCAGUGUUUGCUACAAGUUAUACUUGAAAAAUGAGUACGAGAGAGUGAUUGCGGCAGAAAGAGGAGCAGUGAAUAAAAAAUCGGAGUUUAGUUUACCGUUGCCAGAACCUUGUAAGAGUUCGGUGCAAAACUUGGAAGAAGAUUUAAUGGAAGUUGAAUCCCCUGUGGAACAGUGGAACAGGCCAGCUGUUAAUACCCAGAUGUAUCCUGUUCCAAACCUGUCAAAUACCAGAUUGCAAUGCUCUCAAGAAUACAAUUCAAUUCCUCCAUAUCAAUAUCAAGAAUCAAAUGUUUUGUCCAAUAAUGAAGCCUAUCAAAUUCCAUCAUACCAGCCGGAGAUAUACUUUAACAGCAGCGGUAUCGAUUUUUCUGAAAAUUCAGCAGAAGCCAUUACGUAUACUACACUGGAGCCAGCGUCUAGCCGCACUUGUCCGUUAGAAACACCAAUCACAGAUAAUCCUGGCAUUAGUUGUCAAGAAGUGACCAUUGCCUACCCACCAGAGAUGCAAGAGAGGGAAACUGAGAGCGAUAAAAACUCAGAAACUCAAGAACCCCACAGUGAAAAAGCCUGUCAGACAUAUUACAAAAGGAAUGGGAAAGAUCGAGAAAUUAUAACAACAAGAAAAAAAGAAAAUGAUGAAACAAAGAACUCAAAAACUCAAGAACCACAAAGUGAGACUAUCCAUCCAAAUAAAACUGAUGAUCCAUAUAAAAAAAUACCUAAACAAAAGUUUUUUGACGGUGAAAAAUGCGCCAACACAGUCUGUCAACAGCUGUUACUUGCGAAACACUUUAGACCUCAUCCUGUCACUAAAGAGAAAAUUUGCAUGAAUUGCUAUUAUCACUAUAAGAAAUAUGGAAAAGAUCGAGAAGUGAUCAUAACUCAUAGAAAGAGAGAAAAGCACGAAACAAACUGUACCAACACCAUUUGUAAACAACCACUAAAAAGAAGCUACCGACAUCCUGUGACAAAAAAAUUAAUUUGCCCAGCUUGUCUGUCAUAUUAUCAAAGAAAUGGAAGAGACCGAGAAGUGAUCAAAACGAGAAGAAACAAAGAACAACAUGAAACACAUAAUUGCUAUCACUACUAUAAAAGAAAUGGACGUGAUCGAGAAGUGGUAGUAGAAAAAGUGAAGAAAUUAGACCGUGAUAGAUAUGAAAGUGGAUCAGAUACGAUGUCCAUAUCUUCUGACGAUUCUUCAAUAGAAGAGUCUUCAGAAUCAGAUUGCGAAUUUUCAGAUAUGUCCCUUGAAAAGGAAAAAGAGCUGAUUAAAGAGGAAAAAUGUGCUAACACAGCCUGCCAACAACUAAAACGUCCUGGUUCUGUCGUUUUCCGAAGACAUCCAGCAACUAAGGAAAGUGUUUGCGCUGCUUGCUACAAUUAUUAUUAUAAUAAAGGGAAAGACCGAGAAGUGAUCACAACGAGGAAAAGAAGAGAAAAAAGUGAAACAAAAAAUUGCUAUCUCUACUAUAAAAGACAUGGACGUGACCGCGAAGUGGUAGCAGGAAAUGUGAAGAAAUUGAGUUGUGCCAACACAUUCUGCAAGCAACCAUUACAUCCAACAGACUUCAGACGUCAUCCAGUUACAAAAGAGAAGAUUUGCUUAGUAUGCUAUAACUACUACAAACGAAAUGGAAAAGACCGAGAAGUCAUAAGGACUACGCCUGGGCGCCCGAAAAAAAACGAAGAAUUUACUAAAAUAACGUUGAAGAAGAAGUUACAAACUACAAAAAGAACAACGAGAAGUUGCUCAAAGCCAAAACCUAAACAACCGAUGUCCUCAUCUCCAGAUUCCUCAGACGCUUCAGAUUCCGAAGAAAAUAUUAUCGAUUGGGAAUCUGAAAACGAUGACACGGAUUUGGACAGCGAUUCAGAUAAUUCUACAACUUCUGAAGAAUCUACUGCAGAUGAGGUCGCAAAUGCCUCCAACGACGUAGUAACGAAAAACGAUACCGAGGAGGACGUGAAAGAACCAAAAGUUGGCACGGAAGGUUCUACUCAAAGUGUUCUAGCAAAUAAUCCAAUAGAUAAAAUAUGCAAUGUCCCAUCAUGCAACUCUCUUCUACCUCCCAAUGUAGCUUCAUUUGGUUUGCCUACAACAAAAGAGCCGGACUGCUACAAAAAGUAUUUGGAAACUGAGUAUAAUCGAGUUGAUGGCAUAGAAGAAAAAGCGAUCCUUGCACUAACGUCACUAUACGAAGACUUACCUGAAAUAGAACUUGAGGACUUGACCUCAUUUUUCGAUGUUGUGCAUCAAGAGGAAGACUGCCUUACCAUUCUUGCGGAUCUAGAAAAAUCCAGCAAAGAGUUUUUACUACAAAAAGCUAUUGAUGAAAUAUUCCCGCCAAUGACAUCGGUGUUUAUGAUAUGGAAUAAUAUUGAGAUAUUUCCGGUAUACCGGUUAUAUACUUGGACUGAGCAUGAGACUGUUCCAUUUGCAAGUUACUCCAAUUUCCUACCCUCUUUUAUCGAAGACUUAUCCAAACUCUUCCCUGAAGCUCUGAUAUCAGAGGACUCAUUUGACCAUCCCGAUUUUAUUGAUGGCUCGCACUCUGAACCUUUCUACAGUACCAAGGUGAACAGUGCUGUGGACUCCGAAAAAGAGCAAAACUUGGAAUCUCAUGUAGUCGAAGACACCACCUUUAACUUUUUCUACCAACCAGAUUGCUAUCUUCCAUUUGGAUAUAGCAAUGAAACCCAAGAGCUCUACAAUUCUCAAGAAUACCAAUACAGUUAUGAGGAAGAACUUGAUUGCUAUCAACUAUUCAUCUAUAACAGUGAAAACUAUUGGAAUCAGGAAUUCGUGCCUCAGUUCCCAAGUAACAAUUCUCACACCUUGCAUUGUUAUGGGCCACCGCAGGAAGACGUUUCAAUCAUUAAUGCUUCUGAAAGUGCAACAGAAACCAUAACGUAUACCACAUUGGAACCAGUUUCAAACAUCCCGUCUUCAAAAGAUCCUGAUAUUCAAGCAAAGUGUUAUAAGCCACUACAGGAAGAUGUUCCGAUCAUUUAUUCUCCUGAAAGCUCAUGUGCUACACCAUUGGAACCAGUUUCAAGCAUCUCGUCUUCACAUGAGAAACAAGUAACAGAAGAUCAUGUUAUCAUUUGCGAAGAACUAAACAGUGAUACCUCACCGGAAAAGACACCAAAUAGUUCCAACUCGCGCUCCCUAGCAAGUCAUGAAUCAGAAAACAAGGGUAUCCAGGAAUCACCAUAUAAGAAAGGACGUGAAAGAGAGAUGUUUGAAGGUCAAAAAUGCGCAAAUACGUUCUGUAAGGUAGCACUACUUAAAAACAUCAGGACUCAUCCUGUCACUAACGAGAAGAUUUGCCGUAUAUGCCACAAUUAUUACAAAGUGAAUGGAAAAGACCGAGAAAGGAUCGUAACGAAGAGAAGACGAGAAAAACAUGAAACAAAUUGCGCCAAUACGUUCUGUAAACAAACUUUAGAUCCGCGACACUUUAAUGUUCAUCCUGCCACUAAAGAGAAAAUUUGCACUGCUUGCUAUAUGUAUUACAAAAGAAAUGGAAAAGACCGAGAAGUGAUCAAAAUUGUGAGAAGACGAGAAGAACACGAAACAAAUUGCGCCAAUACAUUCUGUAAACAAACUUUACAUUCGCGAAACUGUAAUGUUCAUCCUGUCACAAAAGAGAAGGUUUGCCAUACUUGCUAUACGUAUUACAAAGUAAAUGGAAAAGACCGAGAAGUGAUCAAAACUGUGAGGAAAAGAGAGAAACAUGAGACGAAUUGCGCAAAUACGUUCUGUAAGGUAGAACUGCUUAAGAACGUCAAGCUUCAUCCUGUCACUAAAAAGAAGGUUUGCAGUUGCGCCAAUACGUUCUGUAAACAAACUUUACAUCGGCGAAACAUUAGUAUUCAUCCUGUCACUAAAGAGAAGAUUUGCAGUGCUUGCUAUGCGUAUUACAGAAGAAAUGGAAAAGACCGAACAAUAAUCCAAAAAAUAAGAGAGGACCACGAAAAAAUUUGUGCCAACACAUUCUGUAAGCAAACCCUACUUCCGGGAAAAUCUGGUAUUCAUCCUGUAACUAAGGAGAAGAUUUGCAAGGUUUGCUAUUAUUAUCAUAAAAGAAAUGGAAGAGAUCGAGAAGUGAUACGAGAGAAAGCUGAAGAAAAAGGGCCUGAAAAACAUCAAAAGUUACAUUCUACAAGAAGAAAUUGUUUUAAGCCAAAACCUAAACAGUUCUCUUCUGAUUCCGAAGAAAGUAUUGGCGAUUGGAAAUCUGAAAACGAUGACAUGGAUCUGGACAGUGACUCAGAUUAUUCUACAACUUCUGAAGAAUCUGCUGUAGAUGAGAUCGAGGAUGCCUCCAACGACGUGGUAAAGAAAAAUGGAAACUAA